UCUAUCAAAAUGCAGAAAUCACUUCUCCCAAUAUAACAAGCUAUACUGUAUUUAUUAAUAUUAUUUAUUAUUAUUAUAUUCCCCUCCAGUUAUUCUUAUGAUGUAACUCAUUCCCUUCAGUUCCAAAUGAGGACUUCAGAGGGUCCUAUGCCUCCGUCCUGUCUUAGGUUCAUAUGGAAUGAGUACUUACUGGAGAACCUUGAGGGCUUCGUACACUCAAGAUGGAUACUCCAUAUAAUAUGUGGAUUCAUGUCACAAAUCAAUACUUCAGUUUUUGGUCAUCCUAUAUACUUUACACUCAUCGCCAGAAGAUCUCGUAAUUUUGCUGGUACCAGAUACCUCAAGAGAGGAAUCAAUGAUGAGGGUGAUGUAGCUAAUGAGGUUACGAUAGAGCAGAUAGGUCAUGAUGCCAGUACCACCCUUCACUCCAGUGGUAGGUACACCUCAUACGUUCAGUUGAGAGGAUCAGUCCCUUCAUAUUGGUCUCAGGACAUUACUACAAUAAGACCAAAGCCACAGAUAAGGAUUGAUAGAGCCACUCCAUACUUCAUUCCAGCUGGUAUGCAUUUCUCUCAUUGUCUCAAGAGGUUCGGCUCACCAAUAAUCUGUCUGAACCUCGUUAAGAGUAAAGAGAAGAGACGUCAUGAGUGUUUAUUGACUGAUGAGUUGGAGUCAGCCACUGAAUAUUUGAACCAGUUCCUCCCACCAGAACAUCAUAUACAGUACAAGUACCUGGACAUGGCUAAACUACACAGGAAGCAGGAUGAUCUCAUAUCAAGACUAGAGAGGUUAGCUGGUGAGUGUGUACAGAGUACUGGUAUAUUCCACAGUGGACAGGAGCCAUACUGCCACCAACUGAACCCUCACCAGGAUUAUCUUAAUUUAAAAGGUUACGGUUAUCAUGAUGGGUUUGUCGGUAGGAGUCAAACUGGUAUAAUCCGUGUCAAUUGUGUGGAUUGUCUAGACAGGACCAACACUGCCCAGUUCAUUAUUGGUAAAGUGGCCCUUGGCUAUCAGCUGUAUCUAUUAGGACUACUGGAUGAGCCACACCUUCCUUUUGACUGUGAUACGAUGAGACUGUUUGAGGAGGCAUAUGAGGACCUGGGGGAUAGUCAAGCUAUACAGUAUGGGGGAUCAACACUGGUAAUAAGUACGCUGGUAUAUGUACAUAGGUACACUGGUACAUAUACACUGGUACGCUGGUACAUGUACAUAGGUAUGCUGGUACAUGUACAUUUGGCGUAGUGGUUUAAUUUGAUAAUAUUGGCUAAAUUUAUAACAGAGGUUUAUAGCCAUUGUACAUGUGUAAAG